ACCGCCCUUCACUACUAACCUGAAUCACACAGAAAAAUGAAUUAGAGAAAGGGAUCACCCACUAAAAUGAAAAAUUAUACUCAACCUAUGGUGGUGAGUGGUGAGCUUCUUUCUUUUCUUCUUUGAGAACACAGCCAAGGAGAAGCCAUUAUUCCUUUCUUCCCUCCGCUAUCCUACUCUAGUUUCUCAACUACAUUAGUUUCCAGACUCCCAAGAAGAGGAGAGAGGCACUCCUCCACUCUGCUCUGCUAUGACAACCACCAAAGCCACCAGCGAAAGGCGCAGCCUUUGACCCGCUCCUCGCUCCGUCGCCGUCGUCAUGGCCGCAGACGCCACCACCACCACCACCACCUCCUCCUCCAACCUCCCACCGGCCCUCCCGGCCUCGCGCCAGGACAUCCAGGCCGCCGUCGCCAAGGCCGCCGAGCUGCGCGCGCUCCACGCCGCGCUCCUCCAGGACGGAGACAAUGCCGGCGCGUGCGCCGCCUCCUACGCCAAUGCCAGUUGCAGCCCGGCCGUCAUUCGCCUUACGGCCGCGGGUGCCGCCGAGGACUACCCCGUGUUUGUUCCGACUCAUGAUGAAGAGCCCUUGAGUGGAGUAAACGACAUUCGCCAAGACAACCGUAGCCUAUCUGAGAAUUGGAGAGGCAUUGGUUUGGACCAUGACGGCCUAGUAAACGAGGUGUCCUUCUCGGACUUAGACUAUCACAACACCUUCUCUUCGUCAAACAGCGAGCUACAUUUCUUUUCAUCAAACCAGCCUCUCCGGAAUAAGAUUGCUUGUAGAAACCAUCCUUCCUUCCUUCAGCCUGCCCUCUCUGCUGACAGUUUGCUCAGGUCGGCCAGCAGGACAGGCUUCACUGAAUUUAAAGCUGUUGUGACCUGCAAUACCUGCAAGUCUGCAAUUAUCAGCAGGGACUCUGAAACUGAUGCCAAGGCUCUGAAGAACCUCAAUAGCACAGCGCCGCUAUCCAACUACCAUCGUGCUGUCUUUUCUCGGACCAGACACAAAGGGCCGCAUAUCCUCUCAUGGCUCUUACCAAAGUCAAAGAGGAAACUGAAAGCAGACAUGUCACCGAACACUAUCCAAUGCGAGAACAUGUCACAACUUCUGAAGGAAUGGGGGAUGUUGUCACUAGACUCCCUGAAGAAAGAGGUUGUUGAGGCCAAUGAGCAUAGAGACGCAGCUCUGCAAGAAGUGUCAGACAUUAAAUCAUCCAUAGGAGAACUGACUACCAAGCUAGUGAACUUGGAAGCAUACUGCUCAGAACUGAAGAAGGCUCUAAAGCAAGCAACGAGCGCAAAGAACAUGCAAUUGCACUCAAAGAGAUCAGCAAGAUCAGUUGGUGUCAGCAGAGACAAUUCCUUGCCUGUCAGUAAUGAAGUAAUGGUGGAAGGGUUUUUACAGGUAGUAUCCGAGGUCCGUCUUUCCAUAAAACAGUUCUGCAAGGUACUAAUCCAACAAGUUGAAGAUGCUGACAACGGACUAUCAGAUAAGCUAAACUUACUCCUACAACCGUAUCAAAUCAAGCUCAAUGACAAGCAUCCGAAAGCAGUUCUGUAUCAUCUCGAAGCUCUGAUGAACCAAGAAAUGUAUCGAGACUUUGAGAAUUGCUCAUUCCAGAAGAACGGGUCACCCAAGUGCCUCGACCCUAAGCAAGAUCGCCAGGAGAACUUUGCUUCAUUUGUCGCUCUGCGCAACCUGAGCUGGAACGAGGCCUUGAAGAAGGGCACCAAGUACUACUGCGAGGACUUCAGCCGUUUCUGCGACCAGAAGAAGAGCUGCAUCGUGUCCACCCUGAACUGGUCAUGGCCGUGGGCCGAGCAGCUGCUGCAGUGCUUCUUCGUGGCAUCCAAGUGCAUCUGGUUGCUCCACCUGCUGGCGUUCUCCUUCAGCCCACCACUGACGGUACUUCAGGUCGAGGAGAACCGCGCGUUCGAUCAGAUGUACAUGGAAGACAUACUGCUCGACAAACAACGAUCGCAGAACAGCCCAUCUCAGGUAAAGAUCAUGGUGAUGCCUGGGUUCUAUGUCCAAGAUCGGGUGCUCAAAUGCAGAGUGCUCUGCAGGUACUGUUAGAUCCAUAGCAAAUAUUAAUGCUGAUUGGAGGUGCCUCUAGGUUUCUUUUGACUGAUUGUUAGUGUGAUAUAGUAGCAUUUAUUCUGCUAAGUUUGCAAAGUACUAUACAGGAAUGCCAGAAUGUAGUUUUGACCGUUCACGUGCUUGUCAA